AUGGGAACUACGUUGCUUUUGGUCCACGCAAGUGCUCGCAAUUUGCAGCAAACUCAGAACAUGCCUCUUCAUGGAGCUACUGCUCCUAACGAAGCUGAGUCUCCUACCGUCAAUGUCCCUCUGGAAGACCGUAAGAAUUUCAUAGUCGGUGGUGCUGCUGGAAUAGGCGGUUUCAUGGGAAUGCCAGGUGGUGGUGGUGGGACCGGUUUGACAUUGCCACUUCCGUCCGGGACGCCGCUUCUUGGUGGGUCCGGUGCGUUUGGUGGUUUGGGCGGUGCAAUGGGCUUUCCUGGUGUUGGAGCUAAUGGUGGUGGUUCUGUUCCGAGCUCAGGAGGUGGUUUGAUGGAGGUCUUCACGGACGAGUCCCCGCAUGCGGAGACCUUCCGGGCUCUCUGUACCGGCGAGGAAGGCAUCGGGAAGUUUGGUGUACCACUCCACUAUAAGGGAUCACUCAUCGACCGUGUGGUCCCAAAUCAAAUAUGGGAUGGAGGGGAUUUCCGUUUCGCGUACCAAUGUUCGUAUAUCCCAAUGCUCGGCAACCAUCGAUACUCGGGAAAUAAGCCCAUCAGGAAGCACGACCGUCCAGGUCUCCUCUCCAUGUACCACAAUGGUCGUCAAGAGACCAUUAAUCCUCAGUUCAACCUCGUCAUGGCGGAGGAUCCUGAUCGCGACUAUGAGUGCGUCGUGGUCGGACAAGUUACUAGUGGAUUUGAUUUAAUCAAUUACGUUAAGGAGAUGGCCAGAAAAGAAUACCCUUACGUUCCCGUGACAAUCGACAACUGCGGCCAGAUUCUUCCUUGUGGUUCUGUAACAAAGGAGAAGUCCCACGCCUUUGCAUUAGCCUUCUUUGAGAAGCUGGAUCGCCUUUACUUAGAUCCGAUAAAAUUUUAUCCUACAACUACAAUAACGAGUUAA